AUGUGUCAGCGACUGAGUGAGGAGAGUGAUUCAGACCAGGAAAUUGAUGUUGCAGAGCUGCAGGACUGGUAUAAGAAGUUUGUGGUGGAGUGCCCAAGUGGAACACUCUUCAUGCACAAGUUCAAGAGCUUCUUCAGUGUUACUAACAACAAGAAGGCGGUCGAUUAUAUUGAGAAUAUGUUUUGCGCAUUUGACAAGAACGGAGACAAUACAAUUGAUUUUCUAGAGUAUGUUGCAGCCUUGAACCUGGUCUUGAGGGGCAAUUUGGAACAUAAACUGAAGUGGACUUUCAAAAUGUACGACAAAGAUGGAAGUGGCUGCAUUGACAAGACAGAGCUGCUGGAGAUUGUAGAGUCCAUCUACAGACUGAAGAAAGCCUGCCAUGGAGAAUUGGAUGCAGAGUGUAACCUCCUGACCCCAGAUCAAGUGGUCAACAGAAUAUUUGAACUGGUUGAUGAAAACAGAGAUGGGGAGUUGUCUCUGGAUGAGUUCAUCGAUGGGGCCAGGAAGGACAAGUGGGUGAUGAAGAUGCUGCAGAUGGACGUCAACCCUGGGGACUGGAUCAAUGUACGCAAGAGCUCUGGAGCGAGCUCUGAAGCUGAACCUCUGUAAUAAGUUUAUCGAUUUCUUUCAAUCAAAAUUUGAAUCCAUCUACCAGCAGCUUCAGCUAUCCUGUGCCCUGCCCCUGUGCCCAGGUGGUGGCUGACACUACCACCAUACCCAUGGGGACUAUGGACUCUUGUGCAGAGGGGGCAACCAUUGCUGUAAUACCCUCUCUCCCCAUAACCUGCACACCACACACUAUCACUUGUUGCUUCUUUCUUAGCUUUUUUGUUUUCUCUUUUGAAAUCCCUAAUGUGUACAUAUCUGCGUGUUUCUGUUCCCACUGAUGGUUAUGUGUGUGUUCUACUGCCCAUGAUUUCAUUUUGUAUGUGCAGUGUAAAGUAAAAGUGACCAGUUUUCUCCAUCUCUAUAUGGUUGAUAGACAACAUGCAGUGGCAGAUCGUAAAGUUUAUUUUGCAAUUAUGUUUUGCUUGGGAAAAAUAUCAAUGGUUAGAGCUGACAAUGAUAUAGUAUUCCGGUAGCAGACUUGGUUGUUACAUACAGUA